AUGUCAGUUCCACCUCCAGCAGUAUCUACAGCAGCCUCAAAAGAGGAGGACGAGAUCCCUCCGCCAGAACGCCCCCCUUCCCCACCACUUCACACGACUUUCGCCGCCAGAGGGAUCCAUCCCCCGACGUUCUCUGCAUUCAAGCCACGCGAUUACCGUAUACCGAGCUCGCAGGCGAUGACCCAUGUAGCAUGGAGUUGCGAUGGGAAGAAGCUCGCAGCAGUUGGAGUGGAUAAAGUCACAAGAGUGUGGAACCCAGAGAAGAGUAUGGAACCGAGAUCCGCGACCUUGUUUUCUGGAGGCCACACCGAGGAUGUGGACUAUGUCUCAUGGAACCCGACUCACCCAGAACUAUUCUGCACGUCGAGUCAGAGAGAUAGACGGAUCGUGUUCUGGGAUGCACGUCAAAGUCGCAAUAUUCAAUUGUGUCCCGUCAAGGGUUCGCCAGUGCAAACAUGCUAUGCACCCAACGGACGAUCUCUGCUAUACGUUUCUGCCGGACACCAGCUCUUUUUCCUGACGUACGGAAGAACAGGGGAACAGACGAAGGAGGAUUGGCAUCUUUCUGAUCGAGAAGCACAAGUAGGAUCAACCGCGAUCUUCAACCAUGUUGGCGAUGGAGUCGUGGUCACUCAUCAUCAAGAACAUACCUUACGCGUCAUGGACUACCCAUCCCUCGCUAUAAGAGAGAGCCCUGCAGCCCACGUAGGAGGAUGCAUCGCUCUUGCUCUUGAUCCUCGGGGGAGGUACCUCGCUUCAGGAGGAUUUGACUCGAUCGUAAACAUGUUUGACCUCAAUGAUUGGAUAUGUGCGAAGACAAUCACAGUUUGCGAAAAUGCCAUCAACGCUCUUAGUUUCUCGCACGACGGCGAAUAUCUAGCUAUUGCAAAUGGCGGCAAUUACAUCGAUAUCUGUGCGACAGAGACGGGCAUGCCAAUGCAUCGGGUACCAGCUCUCGCACCCUCUCCAACAGUUACGUGGCAUCCUUCAAAGUACGUUAUCGCGUAUUGUGGGCAGACAAAGGCUAGAGAAGGUGGUCCGGCACCUGUCGCUGUUAUCAGCAUGUUCGGUUUGCUUGAGUAG